AUGUGCUUCUUCACCAUCAACGGGAUAUCUGUGUCUUUGCCAUUGGCUACAGGUCGUAUACCGGUUCGAGUUGCCAAAGACAGUGACGUCUUUAAUGCAAGCCCAACUGUAACAUUAGCAGACGAAGACAGGCCAGGGUCUCCGCAGGGACUCCCGAAGUAUGGUGAGACAGCGACACAGACUGCGCGAUGGCGUCGACUAAGGUCCAUUAAGUCAGAGAUAAGAAAACUGUAUGAAUCUGGGGAAGUUGAUUGGUCGCCUCUUUUGAUUUUAUGUUGUCCAUCUUUUGACUGUCAAGUGUGA